CCAUUUGCCAUUUGCACCGAGACUGUAAUGCCGCCAUUGAAUUGCGGUGUUUUGAGAAGCAAUACAGUCGAAUACAGACGCCGAACGAGUCGCCGUCCGAGAAGUUUGGCAUAAAAGACAAUCAGCAUGCCCUGUAAAUGAAGGAAAUAAAAGAAAGUCAUUGAUAAUUACGUUUUGGAGGUAUAGAGACUAUUGUUUUGUUUAUUUAUAAGAUAUGGACAGUGAUGACGGCGGCUCUAUUGCAACAGCAAGCACUGACACGAGUUUGUUUCUUCGCGAGUUGCAAGCGUUAAACACAGAAGGAGGGACAGGCCCAAUAUGUGCAAGUCAAAGCCUUGGCUCCAGCAUUAUUGAAGUCACGGCAUCUGGUGAUGAUGCAGAUUCUGAUACUUUACCACAAGCCCUAGAGAAAAUGAUUGGCGAGAGAAGACCUCCUGCACAGGUCAUUAACUUGGCAGAAAAUGCAGAUGAAAAUGGAAUUAAUGUGUACAGCCCUGAAGUUGAAGUGCAUGCUGCACCCACAUCAACAUCUGGGAGUUAUGUGGAAAAAUCAGCAGGCAGCAAUAAGGUCAAAGUUACCACUGUGGUCAAACAUGUUUGGGAGCUGAAGUAUUAUCAUGGAAAUCUGGUCGCAGUUCACAGAGAUGCAGAUUUUGUGGCCUAUGUUUUAAGAGGUCAGUCUGGUGGCAAUGUUCGAGUGAUCUCCCGCAAGACAGCACAUCGCGUACUGCUCAAAACAUUCAGUGGAAAUGUGCUCGACAUUGCCUUUGCUUUGUCUGAUGAUGUCUACUUAGCAGCUGUCGAUGAAACUGGAAGCCUGUAUGUGCACUCCUUCGUCAUGGAAGGAGAUUACAUCAUCUCAAAGCUGUUGCUACACGUGGAGAGGGAGUCAUUUGAUCUUGAAUCCAGUUUUCGUAGCUGGGCACGUGUAAUCUGGUGUCCUUUCAUGCCAGACCAGGAUUAUGAGGAUGAUGGAGUGGAUGCAUCAAAGAUGUUGGUUCUGCUGCAUGGCUCGCGUGCUGAAGUAUGGAAUGUGGACUUAGUUGCAAAAGAGGCGGGCCCUGAACCAGUGACUUCAAAGAGCGUGGAAAAUGGAGGUGUCAUGGUUAUAGAACCCAACCCAAAAAGAGAAGAUGGUGCUGUUGUUAAUGCAGCAUUUGCUCCAGAUGGCUCAGCAAUUGGUAUAGCAUACCACUCAGGGAUUGUUAGUUUCCACCUUGUCAACAUAGACACGGGAGAGAACGAAUGCAUGCACGAAUGGACUCCACAUCCAAAUGAACCUGUGACUAGCCUUUUCUUCCUGGAUGACCACAGACGUAGGGUCAAUGAUCAGCAGCUGUGGAAGUUUGCCCUUACAGGAGCAAAAUUCAACACCGAAAUCAAGAUCUGGAGCUGUGAGUCUUGGAAGUGUGUGCAGACUUUGACGUUCAAUCCACCGCUAAGCCAGCCUGAGCUCACACUUCAGCUCAAAUCUUCAAUUGAUCUCACCUCAAGAUAUUGUACCCUCUCGGACAUCAACUCAGGGGUGCUCUAUAUUAUGCAGCUACACAUGGACUACACCGUGACUGCUGCACAUGUCACCUCCUUGUCCCAGUUCUCCCUGGCACAGCCUUGUGUCAGUUGUGCCAUCUUUGACGCAGGAGUGAAAAAGUUCAGACACUCAGCAGAUGAUUCUCAUCUCGAUGAGAUUACCACAGGUGAGCUUGAUCACAACCAUGAGGAUAAUUAUGAUGGCUCAACCAAUGGUGUGGAUUCUGAGGGUCAAGUGACCACUGGGAUUCAGAUCAAAAUGUAUGGAGUCCACACAAAGUGUCUUCAAGAGUUGCUCAUUCGUUACCGUCCAGAGUAUGCUAUUCCACCAGCUGUCACACCCAGCAUCGUUUCUUUGUCUCAAGAGGAAUCAGGUUUGCGAGACAUGCUCUCCGACAUGAGCGUAGAUCAAAGUGAGGCCAGUCAGGAAGAUUCCCAGCAAGCUCUAGACAUGUCUCAACCUCUGCUGAUGACCCCCGAGGCUUUCUCUUCCUCUUCCCCCAGUGGGCCUAAAGGAAAGAACAGCAUGGCACAAAGUGAUGCCGGACACCUCAGCGCCUCCAGCACAAGCAGUUUUACUCAGGUGACGGCCAUGAACGAGGACCUGAUGGGGUUGGACUCUCCUCGCAGCUCGGUUGAACCUAUGUCAAUUAUUUCCCCGUCCAUCUCGUAUUCCCAGACUCCAUCCAAACCUUCCCCUGGAGGACACAACUCCAGCCUGUCUGACUUCCCGCUCCCACCCAUCACAUCGGCGGAGGAGGACGAGCUGGCCAGCACUCCCCACAACUUGAGCAGGAGCGGCUCCCUGAACACCUCUGCCGUCAACAAGUCUAAUCAGGAGAUUCUGGAGGAGAUGUUCUCUGGGAUUCAGGAAGUGCCUGUUGUGUCCGGGCUGGGCCACUCCAUAGAGUCUUCUUCUAGUACCGGGUCUUUCCCAGUGACCAGUUUGAAGAGUGCUUUCAGUCGUGAGGAGCGCUACGAUGAGAAUGACAAAGAGGUAGCAGAGGCUUUGGGUGUGACACCAAUCGGGGAGGGGGAUGUCGAUGACAUAGAGGACAGAGAACUGGAGAUUCCAGCGGCAACACCGCCAACAGAUGCAGCAGAUGAGAGGAAUGAGGUGGUGUGGCCCGAACCUCCGAACGUGUCGACUGAGGCAAAGAGAUUGGUGGAUGAGGCCAUUGAACAGAGCACUCAAGAAGAGGAAGGGAAAGAUACAGAUUAUGAUGAUAAUGAUGAGGCAGAGGUAGAGGAGAUCAUUCAGCAUGAAGCAAACGAUGAUGAUGAGAAUGAUGGUGAUGAUGAGGCUGAUGAUAACGCCAUGCCUGGCUUCACUGAGAGACCUCACAGGCCAGAAAAGGAGCAAGCUUCAAUGCGUGUCCUUACCAGUUUGGAUGCCAACAUUGCCAGCUUGACACAGCAGCUGCAGCAACAGCAGGAGAUAAUGCAGCAGAUGCAGCAGGAGCUGAGCCACCAGCGAGAGAUCCAGCUUCAGCUCCACCGUCAGCAGCGAGAGCAGCAGCAGCUUCAGCAGAUGGCAGUGCAGCAGCCGUCUCUGGAGAAGGACAUCAGCAAGCUGGAGGACAUUCUCAUCUCUCGGAUGGAGCAUUCUCUGGCGCAGCACAUGCAGAGAGAAACUCAGAGAUUGCAAGACUCUCUGAAAAAGAAUGAUGCUCAAAGGAAGACGAGGGAUGAAGCUUUGCAAAUGGCCGUCGUGAAUGAUGUCUCGAGAGCUGUGAAAGACACAGUUGGGAACACACUCAGGACAGAGAUAAAGCAGACUGUCAACCCAGCUUUGCACAGGUUUGUGGAGCCACUGAAGGAGAAAAUCCAUCAGGAAGUAGCCCAAAGACUAACAGCUUGUGACUCCUUACUCAAGGACAAUAUUUCCAAGGCAGUCAAGUCUAGAUCCACAAUGGAUGUGUUAGCGUCGUCUGUGGGAGAUGUUAUCUACCAGCAAAUGCAGCAGGCCUACACAGAUACCUUCCAGUCUGCUAUGUUGCCCUCUUUCAAGGCAACCAUGGAGAAAACCGUCCGAGAUGUGCACGGAGUCUUUCAGCAAGGAACCAAAGAAUACCAGUUGUAUAUGCGUCAGAAUGUGGAACAGAUGGUGCGUGAGCGGGCAGCAAGUGACGACAUUGUGCAGAGGAUAGAAGAGGCCGAACACCAGUUCCUGGAAAGCGUUCAGCACAUGAAGAGUCUAGUGCUCAGCAGCGUCAAAGAGGAACUGGCUGGCCAGGUGACGCAAGCAGUCAGCAGUGUAAAGAGCGAGAUUGUGUCUGACGUCCGUAAAGUAAUGAAAGAGGAGGUGACCACAGCUCUGCAGGAACACGGGGCUAGCAUUAGUGACAAGCUCACCACUUAUCUACGCUCUGGGGCAGCAACUCCUGUCUCUUUUACCUCAGAAGAGGAGCUCAGCAAAGAAAGGAUUAUGAGAGAGCUGAAAUCUGGCAGAAUCAACGAGGCGUUUCAGAGUGCCCUGUCAGCGAGUAACCUGGAGCUUGUUAUGUUUGUCUGCGAGAGUGCCCACCCUCUCAACAUUUUCUCCCAAGAUCCUCUCCCUCUCACCCAGCCUGUACUGCUGUCGCUGAUCAGCCAACUCUCUGCCAGCUUGGACAAAAACUUUGAUCUCAAAAUGAAAUUCUUGGAAGAAGCAGUUCUGAACCUGGAUCUGAAUCAGCCAAUGACAGCAGAGCACAUUCCUGGAGUGCUGGGUGCUCUAGUCCAACGGCUGGGCUCCACAAAGGCCCACAAUGGAGACAGCAAGAAGAUCAAGGCUAUCAGGAUGCUUGCCAUGGCUGCAAACUCCCUCCUGACGUGAUGUCUGGAGGAACUAGAGCUGAAUUUUCAUGUCCUUUCCAAGUGGUCUUUGCUAAAGCCUUCCCGUAGGAUAAGAUACAAUAACGUAAAGUCAAGAAGAUAGACUCUGUUAUGGACUCUCAUUUUUAUGCUGACACACAUACACACACACAGACAUAUGUGUACACAUACUCUAGUAAUGAAUCUCCAGCACCUUCCCAGACAGUCUGAGUACAGUGACAGAGUCUAGUGAAAUAAAUCUUGUUGCAAAAGCCUUUUUUUUUAACAAUCUGUUUGUUUUUGUUAUGUGGUGUAACAGAAGUGUCCAGAAAGUCGGUAAUGAUAAUGUCUUGUUUGAGAGGUGGAGAUCCGAGAUGGUAAUUCCAUAAUGCCACUUAUUCCUCUUUUUAUGCCUUAUGCAUAAACAGGGUUUUUUACUACUUGCUAAAAAUAAAAACCCACAAGAUUUGUAA